AUGUCUUCGGUUGUUCUUCUGAGAGAGUUCAUCGGUGAAAGACUGAGCGCUGCUGCCUCAGAAAUCUUCUCCGAGUUUGAGAAGACGAUCCUGCGGUACGAAGAAGAGCUCGACCGUCAGCGCAGACUGCUGGAUGUCAGCUGGAAACCUGAGCUGAAGCUGCACAGAGUCGACCCCCAAGAAGAAGAAGAAGCAGAACUACAAUCUUUACAGAUAAAAGAAGAAGAGGAAGAGGAGGAGGAGGAGGAAGCAGAACCACUUCAGAUCAAAGAUGAAGAUGAAAACUUCUGCACAGAUCAGGAGAAAGAGGAGCUCCACUUGAAGCAGGAAGCCGAUCGGUUUCUGACUCACUCACGAGAAAAGCAUAACCCUGGCCUGUUUCAACAUUGUUGCUCCACAUGUGGCAAGAAGUUCAGUAAACUGAGUCAAUUAGUCAUUCACAUGAGGAAGCAUACCGGCGAGAAGCCUUUUUAUUGUAAAGUGUGUGGAAAAAGAUUUACUAGUAACAAUAGCUGUAAAAUCCACACAAGAAGCCACACUGGUGAAAAACCAUAUUCUUGUAAAACUUGUGGCAAAAAGUUUCUCAAACCGAGCUAUCUAAUCAUCCACAUGAGAAGCCACACUGGUGAGAAGCCUUACUCUUGCAAGGUAUGUGGGAAAAAGUUUACAAGCAAAGGGUACUGUAGGAUCCACAUGAGAACCCACACAGGUGAGCAGCCAUAUUCUUGCAAAAUCUGUGGGAAAACGUUCUCACAUAAAGCUCAUCUUGCCGUCCACAUGAGGAGCCACACCGGUGAGAAGCCCUAUUCUUGCAAAUUUUGUGGUAAGAAGUUUACUAACAACGGGAACUGUAAAAGCCACACGAGAAUCCACACAGGCGAGAAGCCACAUUCCUGUCAAAUCUGUGGGAAAACUUUCACAUUUUGUGCGCAGCUAAAACAUCACAUGAAGGGCCACACUGCUUACCUCCAGCAGGAACCGGUCCACGAGGAGGAGCUGGUUUUCACAGACCAGCAGCUCUGCACCCAGGACAGGAACUGUAGUCUGGACCAGGAGGAACCAGAAUCUCCAGAGGUCAAAGAUGAACAGGAGGAACCAGAACUAAACCUUGUACACAUUAAAGAAGAAUGGGAUGAACCAGAAUCAGAAUCUCCACAGAUCAGUGAUGAUCAGGAGGACUCAGAACCAGAACUUGUACAUGUUAAAGAAGAAUGGGAGGAACCAGAACCUCAGCGAGUCAAAGAAGAGAAGGAUCAGCUCCAACUGAAGCAGGAGGCCAACACGGUUCUGGUGAUGGCUGGAGAAAGUGACCACAGUGAAGCAGAACUAGACCAAACACAGAACCUUGACUCUGAUUCGGGAUCAAAUAAAAAAUCAAAGAAGACUGAUCACACGGACGGUCACCAGGGUGACGGUUCUGAUAAAUCUGAACCAGCUGAGAGGUUGAUCUAUUGCUCGAUCUGUGGGGAAACUUUCUCCGACAACUCACUUCUGGUGAGUCACACGAAGGUCCACACAGUCCGGAGCCCUAACUUUGACAAACUGCAAUACUGCUGCCCCAUCUGUGACAAGAAGUUCACCUCUCGUAAUAAUUUAGUCAUCCACAUGAGGAGCCACACCGGUGAGCGACCCUUCUCCUGCGAAGUCUGCGGGAGGCGCUUCAGUAGCAACGGGAACUGCAAAGCUCACAUGAGCCUCCACACAGGCGAGAACCAGAACGCCGACAAAUGGCGCCACUGCUGCUCCACCUGCGGCAAGACCUUCGUCCACCGCAGUAGUUUCGCCAUCCACGAGAGGAGCCACACCGGCGAGAAGCCCUUCUCCUGCGCGUUCUGUGGGAAAACGUUCAGCAGGAACGCCAAUUGUAAGAUUCACAUGAGGCUGCACACGGGGGAGACACCAUAUUCCUGUUUAACCUGCGGACUAAGUUUCACUUUUAACUCGCAGCUAAAACAUCACAUGAAGGUCCACACGGGCUGA